GCCUGCUCGUCCCGUGUAGCUGAGCCUCUAAUCUUGUCGCCUUAAAUUGUUGCAAGUUAUUGCAACACUAGCCCUCGGAAGCGCCGCACAAGCACAGCCACUUCUCCAUUAGCUUCCUGCUCCUUCUUCCCCAACCACCUCCUCACUGCUUGCGAUCAAGACAAGGUCUCACCCAUCGCGCAACCUCGCACCCUAAUCGCACACCUAUCUUUACGCCGCCAUGGGCAAAUACACAUUCACAUGGGAACACGACGCCAACGACGUUUACGUGACCGGCACCUUCGAUGACUGGAAGAAGACAGUCCAGCUAGAGGAGGAGGGCGGCGUCUUCAAGAAGACCGUCGAGCUCCCCAAGACUAAGACCCAGUACAAGUUUGUCGUCAAUGGCAACUGGUGUAUCAACGAGAGCGCGCCCAAGGAGGACGAUGGCCAUGGCAUUGUUAACAACAUCCUCCUGCCUGAGGACAUCGUCGACGAGCCCGCGCACACACUCUCCUCCGCCGCGCCGACGUCCUCCACAGCAGCGCUCGCCGGCGCUGUCCCCAAAGAGAAGGACCUUGAGAAGACCAAGUCAAAUGAGUCCAUUCCUGGCGCGUUUCCCAUGACGCCGACGCCCAGCACCGAGCAGCGCCAGUUCAUCAACCCCAUUCCCGCUACCGCCGGUCUGGGUAACCCGAUCAAGCUUGCGCCUGAGGAGCACGUUCCCGCACCGAGCACACUUACCGACAACACGGUAGAGUCCACAGUCAACCUCAAGGAAGUUCCUGAAGAGGAUGAGGAUGCUAAGGUCAGCGUUGCGCCCAUCCCCGCAACUGCUGGCGCAGGCAACCCCAUUCACCUUGCCCCGGGCGAGAAGGUGCCUCACCCCAGCACUCUGACCUCCAACACCAUCAGCAGCACUGCCAGGACUGACGAGGCCUCAUACAACAAGUCCGACUCGCAAGCACCUCAGCUUCCCCCCGUCGACAUCACUCCUCAGUCGGAGAGGCCCGCGAACGGUGGUAUGUUCGGUCUGCCUCCCCAGCUCGACAACCUUAUCCCUGAGUCUAGUCUGCCCAUGGGCGUAGAUGCUAAGGUCGAGAAGGACACUGGCGUUCACAUCCAGUCCGCUGCUCCCACCAGCUCUACUGCUGCCCUUGCUGGUCAGGUUCCUAAGGAGCCAAGGGGCGUACCUGAGAUUGUGACUGAGAGCCAGAAAGAGGCAGGCUAUGCUCCUGAGGCGGCCGCGAACUCUGAGGCCGUCCUCGACAAGAAGCAGGUUGAACAGGAGCUCAAGGAGACGGUCCCUGAGAAGACCACUGUUGAGAACGACCACGCUCCCACCAUGGAGGCUGAUAAGUUUGUUGAUGUCGGCGACAGCGUUGGCGCAGUCGCUGGCGGCGUUGCUGCUGUUGCAACCGUCGGCGCAGGUCUGUUCACUGGUGCCAUCUACGCUACCAAGGAGAAGGCCGCUGAAGCUGCUGCUGGUGCCGCCGGUCUGAACGGUUCGAUUGGGACCGCCGCCGCAGGCGAUGUUCCUGUUGUCGUUGCCGAGAGCCAGAAGGAAGCUCAUGCCAGCCCGGAGGCUGCCGCUAACGCUGAGGCUGUCCACGAGAAGUCGCAGUUCGAGCAGGAACUCUUGAGCCAGGUUCCCAAGUCCCAGGACCACGGCGAGUCAGCACCUUCCGUCGCUGUUCCCGCUAUUGUUUCCGACAGCCAACGUGCGGGCCACGCCAGCCCUGAAGCUGCUGCCAACUUCGAUGCCGUUCACGAGAAGCAGGGCCUUGAGGAUGAGCUCCUCCGCUCCGUUCCUCGUACCGACGCUACCGGCGAGUCGGCUCCUGCCAUCGCCGUUCCCGCUGUAGUCUCUGAGAGCCAGCGUGAGGCUCACGCCAGCCCUGAGGCCGCCGCGAACCCCCUCGCUGUCCAUGACAAAAGGGAGUUUGAGUCUGAGCUGCUCAAGUCUGUUUCCAAGACUGACGAGUCCGGUGAGCACGCUCCUGUGAUCGCCGCUGCGUCUUCCACCGCCACCUCAGGCUCCAAGACCGAGCUUCCUGUUCGUUCUGUACCUGAUGUUGUGGCUGAGAGCCAGAAGGAGGCGCAUGCUGCUCCUGAGGCCACUGCCAACGCUGAGGCUGUUGCAGAGAAAAAGGAGCUCGAAUCUGAGCUCCUGAGUCAGGUCAAGAAGACCAAUGAGUCUGGCGAGCCGGCCCCUACUCUCUCCGCUGCUACCGCCACGACCGCUCCCGGCUCGUCUGGCACCAGCACAACUGCUCCCAAGCCAGCUGUCUCUUCCAGCAAGACCGACACAACAUCAGCUCCCACAACUGAGGGUCUUAACGCCCCAGCCUCUUCGGCCGCUCAGACCGAGGCCACCAAGGCGGCUGGUGAGCCGGCAAAUGCCGAGAAGGAGGGGCUGUUCAAGCCCACUACACUCGAGCAGGGGCAGCCAACUGUCACAACUGGUACCGAGACCGGCACAACUGGAACCACUAGCCAGAGCCUGACCGCACCUGAGACUCCUCAGAAGGACCGCAAGGACUCCGAUGUCUCACCCAAGGGUACCCCAGGCAGCCAGAGCCUUGCAUCCAACUCCGCGACUGCCGACAAGAAGAACAAGAGGCGAUCGUUCUUCGGCAAGCUCAAGGACAAGUUCUCCGGCAAGAACUAA